CUGCGCAUCUCAGGUGUAUUAUUUCCUUCAUUUUCUCUUCUACUAUGGGUGUGGAAGACGAACUGAUCAAUGAGCUGUUCCAAUGGAUGGAGAAGCAGGAGGAAUGUGCGCAACACCUCAUGAACUUGGCAAAAGAACUGGAGGAGAUGACGGAAGCUAUGACUGCCGGCCAGUUGGUGGGAAACUCAGCAACAGUGCUUGGAUCUGCUGUCCUGGUUGGAACAGGCAUUGCAACUUUGCUGACAGGAGGCCUGGCUGCACCCUUGCUGGUCACAGCAGCAGGUGUUACAGCUGGAGUUGGUGCUGUAACCAGUGUUACAUGUAAGCUCUUAGAGAGUUGGAAAUCCAGUAAAACAAUGAAAAAUGCAGAGAAGACUGACAGGGAAAUUAAAAAGAUUUGGAAGCAUAUUGAAAGUCUCCAGGAACAACUAUCAGAGGAGUGUGAAUUGACGAAUGACUUCAAUGAAGUGCAGUGUGAAAUCACAGCAAGAAUCUUGAAAGCCAUGGCCAAACGGAAUGGGAGAGAUCUGUCCCAAAGUCGUCUAACUUACCUCUUGAGAAAUCUAUCGUUUGUUUUAAGCGAAGGGUUCUUCAUGGGUAGUUUGUUAGUAUUCAUUGGAUUUUCCUGCAACUUUCUAAAAACAGCAUCUAAAAAAGAAGCAAAAUGUGUUCCACUUUUUCUGACUACUGAAGGAAUGGCUGCUCUUUCAUUGAAAACUGUGUUAAAGGGAACAAGCCAGGUCGCAGGAGGAGCCCUCGGUCUGGUGCUCGCAGUUCCUGAUCUGAUUGACAACUGUGAAAAACUGAUUAAACACAAACAUCAGACAGAAGCUAGCAAAUAUCUGAGGAACAAAGCAUGUGAAAUUCGUGAUGCUGUCAAAAAAAUUAAAAAGCAAUUUAAUGAACUGCAAGAGAUGCUCAGUGAAAUCCCUGAAAUCCAGUGUCACAUUGAUUUGACUACAGAGAUGAGUGGCAACCAAAGAAACACACAAGGCACCAUUUCCGUGGAGUCUAAAAAGACCAAAAAGCAGGACGGGGAAAAAAAUGAGUUUUUUUACAUGCCCACAAAAGAUAUGUGUGUAAACAAGCCUGGUGACACAAGUAAACAGAAAUCAGAUGGCAAUUCAAAUAAGAACAAAAGGAAAGAAGAGAAUUCUCGCCUUCCUACAAUAACCAUGUCCAACGUGCGUUCUCUUCCAAACAAAAUUAGGCAGAUUAGAAAUAUGAUGGAGAAUGCUGAAUUCUUUGCCAGUGAUCUGAUAUUCUUCACAGAGACAUGGUUAAAUAACAGGUCACCCCAAAUCACCUUGGAUGGAUAUGAUUCUAUCCGGGUGGAUCGCAAUCCAGUGCUUACUCAAAAACGUAGAGGAGGGGGAAUGAUAAUGCUUGUGAAAGAGGAUUGGGCACGUGAUGUGAAGGUAGAACACAUCAGGAAUACCCCAGACUAUGAGGUAAUGGUUGUAUCCAUUAUACCACAUGACCAUCCUCAGGAUGCUCCACCACUUAUCUUCAUCCAAGCUUAUGUACCAGGGCCUAAAUUUAAGAUAGCUGCCAUAGACAUAAAUCGAUUUUUCUGUGAUGCUCUGGAGUUAUGGCCGAAUAGUCAUGUUUUUUUGUUGGGUGAUUUCAACAGGAGUGACAUGACUCCUUUCUUGGGUACCAUGGAGCAAUACAUCACAUGCCCAACCAGAUACAAUAAGACCCUGGAUUUGUGUUAUGGAAAUGUGCGUGGGGUUUAUAGAAGUGUUUGCAGAGCCCCACUUGGCCGGUCAGACCAUAAUGUUAUUCAUCUGAUUCCUAGAGAUCAGAAUAUUGGGGAGUGUAAGUAUGAGCAUACCAAUCCCACACGUGAAGCGCAUUGA